GCGAAUGAUAGUCGCAAAGAAAGCACGUACAUGACGGCUGAGCUACUACUGUAGUUUUGUGGAUUGUCACUGUACAAGUGAGCGAUACAUUUAUUGAUUAACAUUGGUGUUAUCCCUUGUGGAAAAUUAGUUGGAUAUUGAAAACAAUAAGUCAGUGGGUGGUGCUGAUGUGGACAUAGCUUAAGGGAUUAGACUAAUGAAAUAGACAUUAGAUAGAAAAACAGAGAUGACUUGUGUUUUACUACGGACCCCUUCGUAUUCAAACGCAUGCACAGGGCGUCCGGAAGAAGUGUCUGAUCACCCAGCCGCUAGUUCCGGUCAGUUUCAGUCAAGCUGGCGAGCCGCUCAAACUCUUUUCCGGAGCACGACCACUGCGAGGCGAAUAUCGGGUUCGAGCUCCACGUCCGACGUAACGUUCCUCGACGGUGUGGUGGCGGAGACAGCAGCCUCCGACGGAAACGCAGAACAGACGGCUGAGGGCGCCCCAGUGACGCCUACAUGUCAAUCUGAACGUGAACCGUUAUCUAAGAAUAACAGUCUUAGUACCGCGGAGGAAAGGGACAGCGACAUUGAGUACAUCUUAGACAUGUGCAACAAAUCCCGGACACCGGACAUUAAACGUGACGAAACGUCUCGAGUCCUGAAGCGGAAAUUAGACACCGACAUCGAUUUGGACGUUCCGUAUAUUCCACCGAAAAGAAUCUCGCCUUUUAUGAACACACCAAAAGAGAAAAGGGAAGAAAAACGCAAAAUUUUGAAAAUCUCAAUCAAGAAGCUUAAACAGCUUGAAGAUCCCGAGGCAUUCUUAAGACGAACUGUGUUAGUGAAUAAUACACGCAAACGACUUCAGACGGAACUCAGACAGGAAAAAAAUAGUAGCAGAGUCGGCAGGAGAAAACACUUUAUUUCAACGUACGAUGUUUUAAGCAAUAGUUGUCUUUCUAAUUCAUACAUGUUCGACGAUCCCUUUCUGAGUGGUGUUCAUGAAAAAAUAACUGAUGACAUGACCGACACCUUGAUAAGUAAUUUACAAGACAGACUCUGUGAAAACAAGGAAGGCGAUUCUCAUAGCGAAUGUCUUAACUCAAAAGCAGAAAGCUACGAAUCUGAAAGUAAAACAGGUGCCAUUCGUUCAAAUACGGAACACAGCCUUGAAAAUAUGGAUACUUCUGUGUCGACUGAUAGUUCAACAUCGCUAUUAAAUGUCAGUGAAAACAUGGAUGUAAUUAAUGACGCUUUUGCUAUCGCACAGGGAGUUGAUUCUUUUAAAAAUGAAACUAACAGUGUUUACUUGUCAGUUACAAAUUCUGAAAAGGAGGUAACGAAUACUUCCACUGAUAAGGCACGGACGCACGUUGCCGAGUGCCCCAGCGGAAAUGGACAGACAUGUUCGGAACAGUGCCACACGGUGCAUGAGGAAUUUGACACCAUGAUUAUAAAUGACAGCGUUGUUCUAGAGAUUGACUUGCCGAACCAAAUAAACUCUUUUACAAGUCAAACAGGUGUAGAUGAUUAUAUCUCUUAGUACUCAAACAAACUAGUACGUUGUUGUUAAUGAACUAAGUUUAGUACAGAGAUUUUGGGUUAAAUGAGGAGGCGGUUAACAUCUCAAUCAUUCGUUCAACGAAUGUCACGUGUCUGAGAAGCAAAGCCACGUGACAAUGACGUCAGAACACGUGACGCAGUGAAACUGCCGUAUGUCUUCAGAAUUGCUUCAAGACGAAAAUGAUAUCCGUGUAAACAUUCCUUGUGGUCGCAUUUAACCAAAACCAUACACGUCUCUGAAAUCAAAGGACGUCAAAGGUAUUUGUCAGUGAGAGGAAAAUACUAGUCUUUCAAUUGAUUGAGUUUUAAAUGUGUUUGUUACUUCACUUUGGUUUAGAUCAAAAUGUAAAUAUUUAAUGAAAAUUGCUGUAAAAACAUGCAUAGUCACACUAAAGGGAAAUCUACGCAAUAUAAAACAAAAUAGUGCACACAAUCAUGAUAACAAAAUGAAAAAAAUGUUAGAUCUAUGUGUGUGUUUGCAAAUUUGUGAAAUUUGAACCUGAAAUAGGCCACACAUGAAGAAAUGGGACUUCUUUUGCCAUACAUUUUUUUGGCUUUAUUGCAAACUAAUUUUAUCGAGAUAGUAAAUAGCUAAAAGUAUAUUAAUUGUUGAACAACUUGCCGCUUAUGAAUUGCUUUUGGAUCAAUAAAAUGUAUUCGACUGCAAAUGUAUACAUUAAAGUUAACAGCGCGUUCGUGGUGAAUUGUAAUACAUCUUUUCUAAGUCGUCGUCAGAAUGGGGUUUCACAGCAAUUAAUAUUGCGAGACGCUAUUGUUAAAAAAGUCAUAACACUCGCCUGGAUCGAUAAUUAUUUUUUUUACGGCUGCAAACUAGUUUAUGAUUAACGGUGAUACUUUUAUGAUCAAGUUUUGAAUUAUGCAAGAUACAAUGUAUCAUUGCGCAGUGGCAAGGUCGAGGGAAUUUUGAAGUUAAGUCUCAUGUGUUUCUACAAUUGCCAGGCCCUAUUAUCACAAAAAUACUCGAGCCAAAUCUCAUUCUUAACUAAUUUUAUCUACAUAAAAGCAUAGUAUGAAUAAAUAUCUUGCAUUUUUUUAAUAUUUUUUAAAAAACGUAUUUUCUCAUGGAAUGUGUUGAUAAAAAGAUUUUAUCAAUAUUUCAAAGAAAACUAGUUCUAGAGCAAAAAGAUAUAGUCGAGUAAUUGUUAAAAAACAAUGAAUUGUACUCGAAUACAAUUUUGGCAUUAGAAUAUUGUUCCCUUGGAAUCUAGUCCCAAGGUUUUAAUCAACAUAUUCAAUGAUCGAAUGUAUGAAAUCAUAUAAUAUUUUUAAAAACUUUAUUUUAUGUGGUAAACCGAGUUGAGACUGAGAUUGAGAACUGACUUAAGUAUGUUCGUGAUAUUGGGACCAGGUGUAUGUAGCCUUGAACAAUAUUGAAGUAUUUAUUUUUAAUUAUUUCUAUUUAUGAAACUAUUAUUAUUUAUUAUGAUUGUUCGCCAUGUUUUGAAUUGAAAAUAAAAGUUGAAAUUAA